AUGGGAAAGCACAUCUUGCUGCUCCUGCUUGGCCUGUCUUUGCUGGUGAUGUCCUUGCAAGCUUUGACCUGUAUCACGUGUGAUAGGAUCAAUUCUCAGGGGAUUUGUGAGAGUGGAGAAGGUUGUUGUCAGGCUAGACCUGGAGAGAAAUGUGCCUCGCUGAUAACCCUUAAAGAUGGCAAAAUUCAGUUUGGAAACCAAAGAUGUGCUAACAUUUGCUUCACUGGGAUUAUGCAGAAUGGAGAUCAAACAGUAAAAAUGAAGUGCUGCAAGAAAAGGUCUUUCUGCAAUGAACUAUAAAUCUGACACUUAAUUACACUGUUGGAUUUUAGUACUGUUUAUUGAGUCUUCACCCUGGAGCAUGCCAAAAAAGAAUUGUCUACUGACCAUGACUGAAGCCCUCACCAUGCAUUCUACAUCAUGUGCUUAGAUGGUUUUUCCUUCUACAUUUAUAUUUUCAUAUGUUGUUGGGUGCUCUGUAAUAUGUUAUAUAUGCCUUAUAAAUUUUAUUUCUUAUUUU